GCUCCUUCGCUUUAGUUGACAAGAGAAAGGUAAGAAGCGUCGUAAAAUUAACCAUCAACUUGGUUCGUGGUACGUGAGCUUUUGGAAAUUAAUUUUUUGGAUUUCUGUAAUCAUCCUAUAUUUGGAAAUAAAACCAAAACAUGGAUUAUACCGAUAAUGGACAGUUUGGAAUGUCUUACACGGAGUGGCUAUGGAGCUAUGUCGCAUCUGUCGGAUGGUACUUGAUCGGAAUUGCAAUUGUCAUUUGGUACGCUUCUCCAUAUAUUUGGGAAAAGUAUUCAAAUUGGAAGUUACGAAAAGAUGAACAAGAGUAUGCUGCCAAAUACCAUAAAAAUCCGGAUCUUCUGCAAGAAAGAUUAUCAGCUUUGGAAGCUUCGAGGCAAAAAAUGCAACAAGAAUAUUACCAGAAAUGUAUGCUCGUGCAUCCACAAGGUGGAGAGCAUGAAGGAAAACAGAAAAAACAAUCGAUAUUAAUGGAUGCCAAUCUCGCGGGCCAUAAAUUAGGGAACAAUGAAAACACGCGGCUCCCUUCUGACAAGAAAAGUCAUAAAUCCCUAAGAGGAGAAUAUAAUCCGUUAAUGGGUGAUAGUUCCAAAGGCUAUCGACCGCCAAAACGUAGCUGCUGUAGCAAGGGUAGUUGCGGCUAAUUAUAAAUACCAAGAUGUAAACUAUUUUCUUUUCUACUCGACGUUCUAUAUCGUAAAUAUUAAAUGAAAUAGUACGUUACCAAAUGAAACUGUAAAUAAUUGUCAACCGUUAUAAUAAAGUUACGUAUUUAUAAAAACGCUGGCUGUAGGAUUUCCAAAUUCCUUGUUAAAAUAAAAGGGAACAUCGGUUUUAAAUAUUUCGAUACGUGAAUAUAAAAUUGGUAAACUGCUCGAGGUUUUAACGUUAAUUUUUUUUAUUAAUAAUCGUUACUCGUAUAUUACGUAACGUCUCCGUGUAUGUAUCUUAUACGCCUUUUGUGUGUGUGUUUACGUGUAUAUGUGUGGUUGUGUGAGUUUUCGUGUGUGUAUGAUGCAGUACUUGACAAUAAUGAUCGUUAUUUUUCAAUUAUCUACACUUGUGCGCGCGUAUCUGCGUGUAUAUAACUGAUUCGUCGAUCGAUCGAUCGAUCGAUUUUAUUCGCAUCGUUUCUUUUUUUUUUUGCGAUCACGUGUUCGAACUGAACAAUCGUUCGUGUUUGCCUAAUAAUAAAUAAGUUAUUGCCUACGAAAACGUUCGCGACGAAACGUUUCUUUUCUUUCUUAUACGCUUUAUUUACAAAAUGUAAAGAAUAUUUAAGCUAAAUCACUCGUCAGUUAUCGCGUUUAGAUUCAAACUUAGGAGCUAAAUGAU